UAUGUGACACACAAACACAUACACACACAUAUUGUAAUAUUGUUUUUUUAUAUAAUUAAAACAAUAACUAAAAAUAUGUACAAUUAUUGUAAUAUAUUGAUUGUUACAAUUAUAAUAUUGAUUUCAAUUGUUAACUGCUGCGAUUGGACCGGUAGUCGCCCGAACCCGAAGGACAGGCAUACCUAUUACGAGUGUACAGGAGGUAAACAACAGCUACUAUAUUGUCCUCGAAAUGGACAAUCAAUCUAUUCAUCGAUUAUGGUCUUUACGGGCGGCAAAUGUGUCGAACCGUUUGUAUGCCCUCAGCUGAUGGGUCUGUACCCUAAUCCGUACAAUCAGUCCGAGUACUAUCAGUGUCGGAAUGCCGUACCAGAUCUACAGUGGUGUCCGGUUGGCCAAGUGUUCAUUGACGCCGUCGCCGCGGCCGCCAAUGGUAUAGAUGCUGCUACUGGUAACUGUUCAGACACUUUCCAAUGUCCAGUGGCCUACGGUAAUGUUGCCUACGAUAAUAAUGAUGACUAUUAUUACGAAUGUAUGAAUCGUAAGCAUAACCUAAAACGGUGUGACUCUGGUUUUCAUUUUGAUAAACAAUAUAAACUGUGUCGACAACGCAGACAUUAUCAUCAUCGACAUCAUCAUCACCACCAUAAUCAUCAUCAUCAGCAACAACAACAACAUAAUUAUCAAACUAAUUUUGAAUGCCCGACCGCGUUCGGCACCUAUCGGGACCCGAAUAAUACAAACAAAUACUACGAAUGUAUCAACUAUAGGUCGGUCCAUCAUAUCUGUCCCGGUAGCCAAGAGUUUGAUGGACAGUUUUGCUUGAAUAAAACUAUCGGCGCUCGUACUAGUGAUGUUGGUGGCGAUGGUGGUGGUGGUGGUGUUGAUGGCACACUGGUAGGCACCAAUGUAAACCUGUUAAUGUCAGCAAACUUUAUAUGUCCUCAGCAAAAUGGUCUAUUUGCCGACCCGGGGAACCGUAGCCAGUAUUACGAUUGUUUCUUUGGCCGGCCUAAACUUAAGCAAUGUCCCAUUGGACUGGUAUACAAUGAGCUGGAUAAAAUUUGCACUGGCAGUAGUACCGCUAAUAGUAAUGUUGAGGAUGUUGAUGGACGCAAACAGCAACUACAACAGGGAACAGUUAGCUUUAUAUGUCCCGAACGUAACGGUAGAUAUAUAGAUCCGGAAACAAUUGAAAACUACUAUUCGUGUUAUAAUUGGAUCGCCCGACUCAUGUCCUGUCCCAAUGGUUUUGUUUUCGAUGGUCACGACUGUCGCAACAAGUUUCACUGUACGGAUCCCAAUGGCAAGUACCGGAGCCCACACAAACAUAACGAAUACUACGAAUGCAGUAACGGUAUACCAACACUCAGGGCCUGUGCCGAUGGCUACGAGUUUGACAACGGUUUCGGUUAUUGUGUCAAUCGGGACAAAGCCGACGGUCAUCUGAUUCAUAUUAUUUCCGGUCGUAUUAUAUUUGAACACAAAGGUAUGAAAGUUAUCGACACAUGGGAUCGGGAGACCAGACAAUGGAAACGUACCUACGAUGAGGACAAUAGUGUUGAUAUCAGUAAUUAG